AUGGGGCGCUCCGUUAGGACCCUGUUUGAAAAACAUCACGCUCCCCGGAAAGAUGGACGUGAGGGCGGGUCCGCUCUCGGGAGUCGCGGCGGAGAGGAGAAACCAAGCGGGGCUGCGGCCACUGGGGGUGGGGAGGCGCGCAGCCCCCGGCGGCGGGGCGCGUGUCGGCGACUCCGCGCUGCGGACGGAGGAGCUGCGGUCACCGGCUCCGCGGGCCGUGGACGCGGCGUCGCGCGCCACAUGCACAGCAGCACGCGGGCCCGGCUCCGGCGGUGCCUUCCGCGCGCCCGGGGCCCGGGGGCCAGCUCCGUGCCCGGCGUUCCGCGUCUAUGUCGUUUGCAAAUGUCACUAUCGGUACCACGCACAGCGGAGCCCUCGGCGGGCUCGCAUGAUUCAGGGGCGGUGCAGGGAGAACUGACAGCCACCGCGAGCGACCAAAAAAAAAAAAAAAAGCCCCCAAACAACCCCAAACAGCCCCCUCCCCCUCCGCGCCCCGGGAAGGUGGCGGGGGGCAGUUACCGAGCGGCCGGCCGGGCACACCGCGGGAGGGAGAGCGCUGGACGCUUGGCCCCCCGCCCCCGACCGCUCUUCCUCCAGCAACGACGAAGCAAGAAGACUGGAGGAGGAAAAAGUAUUCUCAGCAAAAGUGCGACUCGGACAGGGGCAAAGACGGAAAUGGCCAGAGCCGAGCCCCAGCCGGCUGGCAGCGCCCCAUUAAUACCCCUCCCCCCAAAAAAAGGACGAGAUCGCGAGCGCCUGCGACCGAAAGCCCCCGGGGCCCGCCCCGCUCCCGGGAGACGCGCCCCCCACCUCGUACCCCAGCGGGGCCGCGGCGCGCACGGCGACACUCGCACCGCGAGGGCACCUCGCGGACCCUUGCCAGCCCCGGGCCGCAGGCACCCGUUACUCCCGAUCCCAAGUUUCUUGGCAGGCGAAGGCGGCCAUCAGUCGACCGGGCAAACAGCGAGCCAAGACGCCCCGGUGCGGAAAGGCGAGGUGAGGGCGCGUCCCGGGGAGGGCGCUCGUCCCUCCGCCUGUCACGGGACCGCAGCCCGGAGGUGCCGCCGCGCCCGCCGCCGCCGCCGGGGUCGCGCUGACAGAUCGGUCGGUCGCUGGGCGGCGGCCGCUCCGCCCGAGCCCAGACCGCGUCCCGCUCAAACUGCAGCUCCCCUCCCCCACCGCCGCCUCGCCCCGCUCGCGCCACCCUCGGCCGCCCCCGCUUCGCGCCAGCACCCCAGUGAACCACCCGACCCUGUUCCCUCGGACUUCGGGCGACUGGCGUGA